AUGAGACGGGUGGAACAUUUCUCUGAAGCAGACACAACUAAGAACAUUUGUUCACACAAAAUCCCGAGACACCCCGAGGACAUCAGAGCUUGUGUUUUGUCAGAAGACAAUGAACACCCUGGAUUCUGCUUAAAAGGGACAAAUAGUUCACCAUGCAACUAUCUCCUUAUUGCUUUGAAUGUUUCCACCAUGUGCUACACAAUUUCACUGACUUCAAACCUUCUGUUGUACGUGUUUUGGCCAUCACUCAAUGUAACUUAUGCCUCAAGUGUCCUAACCUAUCUGACUAUUAUCAGCAUUACCUCCAGCUCCUGGCUCACGGCUGCUAUGUGCUUCUUCUAUUUUAUAAAAAUCCUUCAGUUCCAGUCCAGAUUCCUCUCAUGGAUGAAGAUGAAGAUUGACAGAAUGAUACCUUUGUUGAUAAUAUUUGUGGAAAUUGUUUCUCUGUUGGAAAGUUUCAUGGCAGCCUAUAUUUUCAAUCAAGACUUUCCCAAAAACUCAACCAUUGCUGCAACUGACCUGACCUCAGAAUAUCAACAUAUUCGACUGAAAUUCAUGAAUGUUAUUCUGCCGGUGACUUCCCCACCAUUCCUGAUUGCUAUAUUAACAACGGCUGCCAGUGCCGUGUCUCUGAAGCUCCAUAGUCAUCGUAUGAAAGCCAACACGGGUCACGCCAACGGGAAAGACUACCAAGGUGCAGUUCAGACCAUGGCUUGUCUUGUUGUUCUCUAUGCCUUGAUUGGUCUUGUCAUUAUUAUAUUUGGGCAAGAACUAUUUGCAGAUCAAACCUGGGGGUACUGGAUAUGUGUGAUGAUCAUUUUUUCCUUUCCAAUGGUCCAAUCCGGUCUCCUUAUUAAUGGUAAUCCCAAACUCAAAGAACCUUGGAGAAAAUGUUUCACCUCUUUAUAA